CAUGAACGGCUACACAUACGAUACUACCCACCAGGAAUAUUCCUGGACUAUGAGAAAGGGGGGCAGCUCAGAACGAAAUCCAUCGAUCUGUUAAACUUGACUCCAGAGACUGAUGUGAAUGAGUUACUGUCAGACAUUAGAGCAGCUGAACCUCUCAUCACCUCAUCCUGCGUUGAACAGGUGAAAGUCCUGAUCUGCAAACUACAAGAGAAAGUCAGCCAAAAGGAUGACCGCAAGUUCUACCUUUUCAGGGCACUUCAGGCUCACAUCUUGCCCCUGACGAAUGUAGCCUUCAAUAAAUCAGGAUCGAGUUUUAUAACCGGAAGCUAUGACAGGACUUGUAAAAUAUGGGACACCGCAUCCGGAGAGGAGCUGCACACUUUGGAGGGUCACAGGAACGUUGUGUACGCCAUCGCCUUCAACAACCCUUACGGAGACAAGGUUGCCACAGGCUCCUUUGACAAGACCUGCAAAUUGUGGAGUGCUGAAACAGGAAAGUGUUUCUACACGUUUAGAGGGCACACAGCAGAAAUCGUCUGCCUGGCCUUUAACCCUCAGAGUACCUUGGUUGCUACGGGCAGCAUGGACACCAUGGCUAAAUUAUGGGAUGUUGAGAGUGGGAAAGAGAUGUCCACAUUGGCAGGUCACUUCGCUGAGAUCAUCUCUCUCUCCUUUAACACAACGGGCGAUCGAUUGGUCACGGGGUCGUUUGACCACACUGCCAUUCUGUGGGACGUUUCUACUGGCAGCAAAGUUCACGUUCUCACAGGUCACCGAGGAGAAAUCAGUUGCGUUCAGUUCAACUGGGACUGUUCCCUCAUCGUCACGGCCUCUCUGGAUAAAACCUGCAAGGUGUGGGACGCAGACAGCGGUCAGUGUUUGGCUACUCUCUUGGGUCAUAAUGAUGAAGUGCUGGAUGUGUGUUUUAACUACACUGGUCAACUGAUCGCUACAGCCUCCGCUGAUGGUACAUCAAGAGUGUUCAGCACAGAAACCUUCCAAUGUUUGUGUCAAUUAGAGGGCCAUAAAGGAGAGAUAUCAAAGGUGUGUUUUAAUCCGCAGGGGAGCCGCGUUUUGACGGCGAGCGUGGAUAAGGCGGCUCGUGUGUGGUGCGUGAACACGGGAGUGUGUUUGCAGGUGCUGGAGGGACAUUCUGAUGAGAUCUUCUCCUGCGCUUUCAACUACGAGGGAGACACCAUCAUUACAGGCAGUAAAGACAACACCUGCAGGAUCUGGCACUGAGAGAGCGGCCUGAACUCUGUUCUUACAGUACUCCUGCACCUCUUUUGAUUAAGAUAUUGUGUGUCAUCUUGUCACACUGCUCUAGUAUUUCAGUUCACAGAGAACAUGUAUGUGUGGAGGACAUUAUGGUAACGCUUUACAUGUAUAAUGCAUUAUAAAGGUAUUCAUAAUGCAUGUUGUGAUGCAUUAUAUAUUUCAUGAAUAACUGUAAGCACAGUUAAAAUGCUUUAUAAA